CGCCUUGAUUUCUCACCACACCAGACCGAUCACAUCUGAUUUUUAUCUCGUUGGAGAAAAAUGGCCAGCAACAAGUCCAGGGAAGACGAGCGUGCAGGGGCGGAGAUUGUGUACGGCACCGAAGAAUGUUACCGCCACUCCGUAGAACUUCUCGAGGAGCUCGGAUUCCCCAAAGGCGUUCUUCCCCUGAAAGACCUUGAAGAGUGCGGCAGAGUUAAGGAAACGGGGUUUGUUUGGAUGAAACAGAAGGCGCCGUACGAGCACUUCUUCAAGGGGACCAACACCCGCGUCAGUUACUCGACGGAGGUCACGGCGUACGUGGAGAAAUUCAGGAUGAAGAAAAUGACGGGGAUUAAGAGCAAACAGAUAUUUCUGUGGGUGCCGAUAACAGAGAUGAGCAUCGACGAUCCUGCUAGCAAGAAAAUUAUGUUCAAGACUCCAAUGGGGAUCGGGAAAUCUUUUCCGAUGAGUGCAUUCAUGGUGGAGGAGGAGGAGGAGACGACCGCCAAGGACAAGUCUCUGGAGGAAAUCAAUGGAUGAAAAGCAUCUUUUUCUGAUUUGGGUGUGCUUUUGAUUGAGUUCAAUCUGUUGAGGAUGCAACGGACGGAGUUCAUUUUCUAAUUUAAAUUGAAAUUGUUCUUGCUGGUUUCAACUUGUGUUUCGGUUAUUUUCUUACUACUAUUCACAUCAUUAUGUACUUCGCAAAAAAUUUUAAUGGAAAGAAUAAUUAAUUCAGCCUGUU